AUUGGCUUGUCAUUUUAGAGUGCGCGCGUGUGUGUGUGUACGAGUGUUCCGAGGCACGGGUAGCAGUGCACGAAUAUGUAAUUUGUUGUGAAAAUCAAUUGAGUAUCUAAAUAAAUAUAUUCAAUUGCUUAAAAUUGUGAAAAUGUGUAGCUAAGCACAUAAAUGCAACAGUCCAACACGAAUGUCAAUAGCAAAGCAAAACGUGAUUAGCAAAAGAGAAUACACAAAAACAAAACAAAAAUCAAUUUCAAAUUCAACGUUCCUUUAUGCGCCCGUCUGCGUUAACUUGAGACUGACUGGAACUGUCAACCGACCGAUCGAUCCACUAGAGGGGGAAAGUUUGAGAAUUAUUGAAAAUUGGAGCGUUCCUCCAACGACUGCCGCCUGUUUAAAAAAUGGGCAAACGGAUCGCAGCAGAGCGGAGCCAUCAUCAACCACAAAUGCCACCGCAAUCGGAGACCAAAACUCAACCAUCAGAUCGCAGUGCACGAAAACGCAAACGUUCAGCUGUUAAAGCCUCCCGGGUGGAGAAAUGUCCGCGCUUAAGCGAUGAACAAAAAAAGCAAUUUGAUUGGCAUGAGAACGAUGAUGAGGACUCAUCUUCAUCUGGCUCAGCGAAUGUCGACCAAUUGCAAACGCCACAGCAGCAGCAUCUAGCACGUAACCAGUGUCCAGUUAAUCCACGUGCCUCUUUGUUAUCAUUGGCAACGUUCGCCAGCGGCGGCUGCAGUGAUAACAACAAUUCCUAUACAACUGAAUCGCCGCGUCCAGUUUAUACGCUGCGUCCCUCUGUAGUCAAUGGCACCAUAUUAAGGGAUUUGCUGUCCAAAGCCUGGCGUCUAGGACGUCCCAUAGGCAAGGGCAACUUCGGCGAGAUAUUUCUGGCAUCGGAUGACACUGUUUGCCCGGUUAGCUCAGAGAACGCCAAAUAUGUGGUCAAAAUAGAGCCACACUCGAAUGGACCGCUCUUUGUAGAAAUACAUUGUCUUAUCAAUACGAAUCAGCCGCAGUCUGUGACAGAGGACAAGGAGGCGUCUGCUAUAGAGAAGCUGCCGCCACGUAUUCCCCAUGGGCCACCCACGGGUAUUCCUAAUUACAUUGCAUCGGGCACACAUUUCUUUGGAGAUGGACGAUACAGGUUUCUGGUGCUGCCUCGCUUUGAUCGGGAUUUGCAUUCGUUAAUCAAGAAUGCGCGAGUGGCACAAAAAUCACUGUUAGUUUUAGCUAUACACAUCAUCAAUGUGCUGGAGCAUUUGCAUGAUAAAGGCUAUUGCCAUAAUGAUAUUAAGGCACAGAAUCUGAUGAUAUCCAAGUGCAAGUAUCUUAAACGGCAAGCGGUCCAGCAAGGCGGCAAAGCAAAAUACGACGAGCACUACGAAGAGAAACAACAAACUACGGAUAGUGGCAACAGUUCAGAGCAGGAAACCAACGAUGAUGACUAUUUUAUAAAGAAUGAAAACAAGUAUGCUCUGAAGCAAAUUGUUGACAUCAAGGAGAUGGAUGAUGUGGAUGAGGAUGAAGAUUUCGAUGAUGGCGCCACCACAAAUAGCAACAAUAGCAACAGCCUGGAUAUCUAUCGAACGCCAGUAAUCAAAAAUAAGCGACGCCCGCGGAAUAAUGCCGUUGAGUUUAGUGGCUCGAAUCCUAUGCGCUCAUGUCGUCGCAAUGAUAAUUGCAACUCUAGAUCCAUGUACGAGGAGAUGGUCAAGUCGCAUUAUCUGCGUCCGGCCAAGCGUGUCAGCUACUCGGAGCUCUUUAACGAGGAUGGCUAUCCAGUAAAAGCGGAUGCCAAGAGUGAACAGUCAGCGGAGAGCUCAGACAAUGAUUCUGAUGAAUUUGUGCCUUCGUUUGUGCGGCGUUCGGGUGGAGCCAGUGCAUCGAAGCGUGGUGCACGCGGUCGUACUUCUAAACGCAUUGUCACCCGCCGCCAGGAAGCAAAGCAGAAACAGCUGAAAACCGAAAACACAGAUAAUCCACGAAACGGUGGAGCAAAAAGUAAGCGAACAGCGACACAAUAUCAAAUUUUGCCGGUGGAAGAAGAGCACAUAUUCCUGAUCGAUUUCGGUCUGGCCUCCAAGUAUCAGGAUCGUGGCGUGCAUAGACCUUUUAUUAUGGACCAGCGACGUGCACACGAUGGCACCUUGGAAUUUACAUCUCGAGAUGCACAUUUAGGCGCGCAUUCGCGUCGUAGUGAUUUGGAAUGUUUGGGCUAUAAUUUGUUAUAUUGGUCGGAGGGUUAUUUGCCGUGGAAGGAUGUGGCAUUGCAGCAGCAGCAGGAGAAGGUGCAUCGCGCCAAGGAGCUAUUCAUGACGGAUGUGUGUGAAAUGCUACCACACUUCUAUGGCAAACAGGUUCCUAAAUAUUUGGGUGAAUUUCUGCAACAGAUCGGACAGCUCGCCUAUCAGGAGCGACCCAACUAUGAACGCUAUCGCAAAAUUUUUAAGCGUGAAUAUCGACGCCUUGGCUACGAUUGCAGCCAGAUGCAGUUGAGCAGCCAUGAGAUCCACCACACACGUGUCUCCAUCAAGGACGAGGUGGAUGGCAUCGGUAAAUUCAAUUUAUUCGAUUUGAAUAGCAAAAUUGCAAGCAAUUUAUUACGCAACUCGACGUACAACACACCAUUCCAAGAUCAUUCGCUAACGAAUCGUGUGUCACCCAAAAAUCUGCGUUCCAAGUCCAACAAGAAGAGUGCUAAAAUGUUGAAAUUCUCAUGGGCAGAGGUGCUAUCACAAGAUCCCGAUCAAAUUGCUCGCGAACGUGCGGUCAAAGAGUUUGAACGUGAGGAAGUCAUCUGCCCGCUACAUUCGCGUCUGCCCAGGCGAUAUGAGGGCAAGCCGACCUAUGCGAUAUUGGCUGUGGAGCAGAGCAGAAGAGAUAAGGGGCUGAGCGUGCAGGAGCAUAACAGCGAAGAGGCAAACGAACAGGCAGAGGGAGCGGAGGAGGACGAGGAGGCAGCAGGGGAGGAAGAUGUUGAGGAUGAGGAGGAAGCAGAAGAAGAGGAGGAAGAGGAAGAUGAGGAAGAGGUAGAGGUAGAAGAAGCUGAGAUGAAUUGUGAUCAGCAGACUGUUGAUAAUGAAACGGAAUCGAAGCAAGUGCGUCGAGCACGUCGUCAGUUGCGCAAAAAUAGCAGCAGCAACAAAGUGAAUCAAGUGCAUCAGUUCCAAGAGCUAGGCAAGACUAAGGGCACACGCAAGCGCAGCAGCAAGUCAAAGAACAUCAAUGGCCACACUCAACAGCAGACACAGAGAAUCGUUGGCACACCACUGACAGCAGUUGGUGGCAAUAAUAAACGUGGCUGCGCCACACGCAAGGAGCAGACGGUGACAAUGGCAUCCGCCACCGGUGAAAUGGAGCAACAACCUGCAAAGCUGAAGGUCAGUCGAAAUGUGGCAGCGGUGGCGGAUGAUCAAGUGAAACAGCGGCGCACGCGUCGUUGUCUAUAUAAGACUGAAGCGGAUGUGGAAAACAACUAUGACACACAUAAUAUGCAGAACGAUGUUUACAGCGUGUGGCAAUACGAUGAUGAGAACAGCUAUGGCAAGGGGCGGAAUGUCAACUCUUCGUCCAGGCAUUGUCGCAAGUGAUAGUUAUCGAGUUAUCAAGUUAUCGAUACGAUACGUUAGAUAUUGAAGAGCAAACAGUUAAGAAAGUGGAGCAAACAAAACAACUGCAACUGGCAAAACUACAUAUAUAUACUUACUUAUAGUACAUACACAUAUAGAGAAUAACAGUUAUGCUGCGUUUUUCAAGUAUUUUAUAGAGAAUAAAUAUAUCGUUAAGUCCAGCGAAGGAAAUAUGAUCAAAAGGCAGGCAAUGUUUAAAUUGGAUCAGCGUCUAUUCAUACAAAGAAAUUGUUCAGCACACUAUACAUUAAUAGAGAGAAAAUAUUUUCUGUAAUUUUUGCUGUUUUUCCUUUUUUUAUGCAACAUCAUAAGCAGAAAUUGUUACGAUACAUACAGACAUUAUAUAUACAUAUACAUAGAUUAUAUAUACA